AUGACCCCCGCUCACUUUGCCUUCUCAUCGGCUUUCAUGCUAGGACUGACCGGCCUGGCCUUUCAUCGUACCCACCUACUCUCCGCCCUUCUCUGCUUAGAAGGCAUAAUACUUUCUUUAUUCAUUGCCCUCUCCCUAUGAACCUUGCAACUAGGGUCUACAAGCUUCUCCGCAGCCCCCAUACUCUUGCUAGCAUUUUCGGCCUGUGAAGCAAGUGCAGGCCUCGCCUUACUGGUAGCCACCGCACGAACCCAUGGAACAGACCACCUUCAAAGCCUCAACCUCCUACAAUGCUAA